AUGGACACCUCGGCUGUGGUGCUUUCACCGACAGCACAUGUAUCGAGUGUGGAGAUAGUUCAAUGUGCUGACUGUAGUGCUGACGAUCCUCAGUGGGCCUCCAUCAACCGUGGUGUCCUGAUAUGCAACGACUGCUGUUCUGUUCAUAGAAAUCUAGGCCGGCAAUACUCACAAGUACGUUCACUCAACCGAGGGAUGUGGGAUACACCCCAACUAGAACUCGUCAAACUACUACACAAAACUGGUUCUAACCGCGUGUGGGAGCAUGCGAUGCUUGAUCCGGCUUCCUCCUCUAAGUUCAAAAGGAAACCACUACCGCAUGACCCAGUACUACCUACAAAAGAAGCCUUCAUCAAAGCCAAAUAUGUCGACCAUGCGUUUAUCCGAAAGCCGAGUAAGGAUGAUGAACCGUGGAGUUUGGAUGACGUAAAUAAACAGCUGUGGUCUUGUGUACGUACAGCACAUGUGGACACGACCUUGAGGCUCUUAGCGAUGGGAGCUGAUGUCAAUUAUGUGGAUUCUGAAAAAGGAAACAGCCCGCUACAUGUUGCUGCAAAAGAAGGACAAGCAAUGCAGGUUGAACUCCUCUACAUUUAUGGUGCGGAUCCGUUGCUGUGCAACGUUGCUGAACUUACUCCUGCGCAACUUGCUCGACAAGAUGGCUUUACUGACCUUGCUAAUCGCCUUGAUGAGUUGUCGUUCGAUUUGACUAAUAGGCUAUCUCUGUUUCUUUGUGGUCGAAAGCCAGAUCAUCAGCACCAGCAGCACUUCCUCAUUCCUGAGCUUACUGCUAAGAAUACGGUUGAAACGUUGCGAUCUGUUCGAUUGAAGAUUGAAGCGCUUCCCGACUGUGCCUUUGAGAAAUUACUGCAAGACGUUUAUGACGAAGUUGACCGACGAGAAACUCAAGCAGCAUGGAUGGCUAUGAACCAAGGCAAAAUAACCUCGGGUAAUGAGCAGUGUGUGGCUGUUUUUCUUCCGCUGAAUCCCUCAUUUUCUGCCACAAGGAACCAACUGCGGCAGAAGCUCGCGAAGUACGACGUGCGGGAGUUUGCUACUCUUAUUAUAGACGUACUGAAGGAGGCAAAGCGACGGUAUUUCGGUCUCCCUCUUGAACAUACGCAGGAUAACUUGGACACCUCCAAUAACCUCCACAACAUAUCUAGUAACACGAGAAUGGAUUCCAGUGAAUUUAAUAGAGAUUACGAUGAAGUAGCCGAUUUUCCUGGCAAAGCCGGUGAACUUCGCAGUAGCGGUGCGACAAGAAGAUCAUCUGGGAAUAAAACCAGGUCGACGUCUUCGAUAGAUGCUGCUAUCGAUGGACGUGUAUCUAUAGAUGAUGUGCUAGAGUUAAAAGAAAGAAUGACGGAGAAUGAGAAUAAGCUAACUUCUAUUUGUCAUACCAAUACCCAGAUUAUGAAGAUUCUCACAAAUCUGCAGAAUUCCAUGGAGCAUAUGAGGGUUGAGAAUACGUGUUUGAAAGAUGAGAUUGUUCGCCUUUCCGAGCAAGCAGCGUUGCUGAGGCGAUUACCGUCCCCAGCCACCGUACCUCAUGUGUCGGCAAAUCAUAUUGUUGAACGUGCACAUUCGGUAGGACUGGAUCGUGGAGACCGUGUUGGACGCCCACCAAUAGAAGCUGAGUCGAGAUUAGCGAAACGGCAUGGUAGUAUGAGUGGAGCAACACCUGGAUACUCUCGGAUGGUACCCAGCGGAAGAAUGAGCGCUGAGAAUCACAGGGACGAGCCUCGAGAUGGUUCGCGAGAAAAAUUGCGUUCUCGUGAAAACCGUGAACGGAAUAUGGACGCAACCGAUUAUGCCUCCAUAACGCCUGCCCCACAAGUCGUCGCUUCAAAAGUUCAGGAAGCGUUCAGUGAACCGGUGUUUCCUGAUAAUCUCAUACGUGAAACAGAAAACCUUACCGUGGCAAUCCGAUCACUUCUCACCGAUGCUCAACACAAGCAGCUACAUGGUCGUUCUAGUGACCAUGCUCACAAGAUAGCCUCGCUCAUCAACCAUAUAAUAUGCCUGAUCCCUCGUGAGCAGCGAAUCGGGAAAACUGAACAAGCAGUGACUGGUCUUAUGGAUGCAACUAUGAUUUUGAGCGCGAAAUGUAACGCUCCGAUUCUGGACGCUGAAGAUGCCUGUCAUGCUGCGUACAGUGUCGCUCAGUCAGCCAAGAUGCUGCUCAUGGCUGUUCAUCACUGA